UGACGCUUUUUGGCUUUUAAUAGAAAACCAUCUCUCAUGUGAAAAUGAGAAGAAUUCCUAAAGGAAAACAAUGGGUUUGGAGCAGCAGGAAAGAGAUGGAGAAACUCAAGCUCAAGGGAGAUUACCAUGACCUGUUGAAUGUCAACCAAAAUAAGGCAAAAUUAUUGGUUGUUUAGAACAGGUCAGUUUGUUUACUAAAAUGCUAUUUCUUGCCAUAAAGGCUAGUUGGAAAAUGGUAAUUUGAAUGUCUGGUGUGAGUAGAGUUUUAAAGAUCAGACAGUUGAUGCUCAUUAAAGAUAUGCACAAAUGUUUCAGAUGUGGCUAAACAAUAGAAAAUGUUCUAAAUGCCACAAGGCCACGAAUGAAAACCAAAAGUCAACAAAUUACUCAUGCUGGUCCUUCAAAUUAGCCAAUGGCAUGACUUGUGUGUGGUUCCCACCCACGAUGAGGCAUAUAAAAGGCCCUCUGCAGGGGAAGUGUUCAUACUGAAGUCACCUACACUUCCUCCUACCCAAGGACAACUUCCACAACCAACACCAUGUGUGGCAGCUACUAUGGAAACUACUAUGGCGGCCGCGGCUAUGGGUGCUGUGGCUAUGGAGGCCUUGGCUGUGGCUAUGGAGGCCUGGGCUGUGGCUAUGGCUCCUGCUGUGGCUGUGGCUUCCGCAGACUGGGCUGUGGCUAUGGCUAUGGCUCCCGUUCCCUCUGUGGCUGUGGCUAUGGAUGCGGCUCUGGCUCUGGCUACUAUUACUGAGGAUGCCAUGGGAGACUCUCACCCUCUAUCCUGUGAUAUUGAGAUGCACGAAUUCUGAAGCCCAUAUGUUCUGAGAUUUUCCCUUAAGUGAUGAUAUCCUGCAAGAGAAGUCUAAAAUGGUCUGUUGUUGAGCUACCAUCUAACCUACAAAUAUCUUGAAUUUUCAUCAUGAAAUGGGAUAAGGUGAAAUUCACCAGUCAGUUCUCCUUUCAUCAGAAUGAUGGUGUCACAGCACCUGCCUUGAUGACUUUUAUGCUGGAGCUUUAUUCUCUGUUCACCUAAUAAACACUUUUAAUCCAGAAGGGAAACCUGGUGUUUAUGUCAAUCAUUUAAUAUUUUAAAUUUCUUACCAAUAGUUUUUGUUUCGGUUUGCAUGAAAGCUAACAAUUAAGUUCUUUGGGAGAUAUUUUUUCUUACAAUUUCUAGAGAGGUUUCUUUACCAAUUCAAAGUUCAAUUGUUUUAGAAAAGUAACCCUUUUAAUAAACUUCAGUUUCGUCCUUUGCUUCUAGGGGAAGAAUAUAUGUUGUGCUGGGUAACUCUCAACACUAAAUUAAGUACAUAUCAUUUAUAUGUUGGGUUAUGCAUUGCCUGCUGUCUGUCACAUAACAAAGAAAAAAAUUAAUUUUCCCAAGCCUUCUUGUAAAUAUCUCUUAAAAUAAAUGAAUGCUUGUUACUAUAUCCUUCACUUUGAAUCUUCCAUUUUAAAGAAACUAUUUUUUAAUGAAACAUAACUGAAGGAAUAGUUUACAACCUAGUAUACUCUAAGCUAGUAAUAGGUUAUAAAGCUAUUUGGCCUGCAUGGUGGGCCAUAAUAAUUAAAUAAAAACACUAUUUGAGGUAUAAACCAAGAAGCUUCAAAGUCU